CAACUAAACUUUUUUUAGAAGUUACUAAACAUUUUCUCAGUGUCUUGCGUCAAUCUGCAUUUUUUUCAUAUUUACAUUUUUAUAUCAGAGUUUCAGAGAGGCAGAUAUAUCUGUAUGAUUGCAAAGAUGUCUCAAAUCCUGUUGGUAAUAUUGGUUUAGAUGUCAGCCCUGCCACUUUAAUUCCUCAUUACGAUGAAGAUAGUUCUACCUUAUUUUUAACAGGGAAAGGUGAUGCUGUUAUAUUUGCUUAUGAAAUUGCCACUGAUAGUCCAUAUUUCCAUCCUCUAUCUAAUUAUAAAUGCACAAAUCCACAUCAGGCUCUUUCAUUUUUACCCAAAUUUGUCUGCAAUGUAAAGGAAGUUGAAUUUGCUAGAGCGAUAAGAUUGACUUCAUCAACGAUAGAACCUAUGUCAUUUCAUGUUCCUCGUCUAAGGUCAGAAUAUUUCCAAGAUGAUUUAUUUCCACCAACACAUGAAACUUGGAAACCUUCAGUGACUAGCUCAGAAUGGUUUAUGGGCAUAGAUAAACCCCUAAAAAUGAUAAAUAUGCUACCUGAUGGUAUGACACCAUUGAGUGAAGCUCCACCACCAGUGAAAACAGCAGUAAAGAAGCCAUCUGAUGCUCCUGUAAAUAUUGUAUUUGAAGGUGAAGUUGCUCUUGAAAGUUCUUUAGCUUUUCUUCAGAACAGCAAGGAAAAAGAAGAAAAGAUUGUACAGUCUAUGCUCUCACAGUGUGAACUGAAAGAGGAUAGUCUUCCACAAGAGGCAUUUGAAGGAGUUGAUCCAGAUGAAUGGGAUGAAGAAGAGAAGCAACAUUCACAACAAAACUUAUGAUUUAUUCAGGAGUUUUUUUACUUGGAACAUUCCUAUUUUUUAAUGUAGCUAUACAAAAUUUUCCUUUUUGGAGACAUUUCUAUUUAUUGGAAAAAAUAGACAGUUGUUCUGAUAUAUAUUAAUAUGAACUUGUAAAUAUUGCAGCGCUGAGAGAUUUUUAUAUGUGCCUUUUGAUGUUAGUUUUAUAUGUUUUAAUUUCUAAAACUUUUUUAAUUUUUAGACCAUGACAUUUUGCCAUAAUAUUUAAAAUAAUAUUCUAAUAAAUUUUAUCACACAUUUUAUUAGAGUGGUAUAUACUAUGCCAAAAUAAUAGUACAAAUGCUGCAGUGCACAAACUGCUUUGUCACUUUGGUUUUUAUGUGGGACCAUUAAAAAUUUUUUGUAUGGUGUUCACAUAUUUGAAAAGGUUUCAUAUCUUGUAGUUCUACAGCUUUUGAUCAAAUUGCAAUUCUGCCUGCAAGGUUACUUUAUAAAAUGUCUCUGAAUCUUUUUACACAAAUGGAACACUUAUGUUCUAUAUUCAAACGUGACUUGAAUUAUUUCAUUCUAAAUGAUGACUGAAUAAUGACAUUUCAUUUUAUGUAAUGAAUUAUAUGUAAUACAUGUGUAUUUCAAUAAGGAAUAUGUAUUAUAAACUAUCUGAAAGCAAAUGUUAUUAGUUUCACUGUGUAAAACGUUGCUGCUGCUGGACUGAAAAAUAGCAUCUUGACAAAACAGAAAGUUGUUGCCAUUUCACUUUUAUGAGAUUUAUGCUUUCUAUUCUAGAAAAUGGAGAAGCCUUUGUGCAGUAAUUAUCUGUUCUGAAAGAUCAAAUCUGAGAAACAUGCUGCCAGCCUCAUAUGAAAAAAGAGAGAAAAGGGGAGAACCCUCCCCCCCACAAAAAAAACAAUGUUGCAGCAAAGUUAGUAAAAGAUAUUUCUUCUAUAAGUGUGCAUUGCUGGCAGAUGUUUCACUUAGCUUCCAAAUUAUGAUGUAUAUACUUUUUCAGUGUAGCUUUAGCAAAAUAUAUACUUAGUUAUAUUAUGAUAGCUUUAGAUGGCAACAACUUUUUGUUUUGGAUAAAAAUUAUUUAUCCUGACACAUUUUAUUAAACAACUCUAAACAGUUUUUUCUUCCUUUGUUCUCUGAAAAAUUAUGUAGUUACAUGCAUAUAAUUAUUGCAUAUUAUAAAUCAGAAUUUUGAAUAAAUAAAUGUCUUUCAGAUUUAAAACAAAGAUCAGACUACAAGUUUUUAUGUAGAUCAUUUUCAGAAAUUUUUUAAUUAAACAUGCAUACGAGCUUUUAGAACUUGGUAUGCAUGUUAAGUAUUAUUUAUAAAUUGAAAUAUGGAAUCGUGAGGACAAAAUUUCCUUUAAUUAUCUUUUUAGGUUUUGGUAAAUUGUGUACUGCAUGUUUAGAUUAGUUGGUGGAACAUUAUCACAAAUCAAAUGAUGCAUCGAUAUCUGGAUACAUUUAUAAUGAUAUUGCUCAAAUAUGAGAUUCUAGCAUUUAAUGUUAGAGUUCGGUAGAGCUGAGAAUUGUUUAGUGUAUAUUAUUUGUUUCUUAAAGAAAAUUAAAAAAUUAAAAUGAUACAAAUUUUCACUUUAAAAGAAUUUGUAACAUAUAACAUUGAUCUUUCCUUCUUUAUGUAAUUGUUGCUAAUUUUAUUCAAUAUAUUUCUGAGAUUUUUAUGUUAAUUCUUGUGUUUGUUUAUUUCAGUAACUAUAGUGCCAAAACUGAAUUUUUAAAAUAUAGGUGGCCAGUCUAUUAAACAGGGGGAAGGAAUUACUCCAUGUUAAUUUCUUUUGUAUUGACAUGCAUUACAUACUUUUUUGGUUUGUAUAAUGUAGUAAAUGAAAACUCAGAAAUGCAUUAUGCUUUGCUUUAACAAAUAUGAAAUUGGUACAAUAAUUUUAUUUUCUUAUUUGGCAUUUUAUAAUACAUUAUUUUUUAUAUCAUACACAUUCUAAUAUAUUAUAAUCCUUACCGUUUUCCUUUGUUGGCACUUUUACAGUCUAUUAUUUUUUCAGAAUGAAGACAUAAUUGUUACUUUACAAAUAAAAAUUUAAAUGCAUAAUUAAAAUUUUAUACUUUAUGUAUAAUUUCUUUUAUUAAUUUUGUCAGUAUGUUAAUUUAAGACAAAUGUAGUAGAUUUAUUGCAAUUAUGUGUAUAUAAGAUGAAAGUUAAAGUAAAAUUAAAAUAUUAUGAAAUGGUAUUUGCUGUAUUUUAGGAGAUUUUCAAUUAACUGAAUGUAACUUUUUUCCCCAACAAAAGAGGGGGGCUUGCUAAUAUUAUUUCAUGAAACAUUACUUUUCCUUUUUUGUUAUUUAAUGACUCAAAGUUUGUAAAAUUCUAUUAAGAUAUUAGGUAUUUUAUAAAGUUUUUACAGCUACAGUAUGCAGUUUAAAUGUAUAUAUAUGACACUUUACUAAGCACAAAUCAAUCUGCCAUAAUGAUUUCAGUAAACAGCUCAGAAAACUAAUCUAUGAUAUGUGAAUAUAUUUUAAAUGAUUUUACAAUGAAUUAUUUAAUGCAUUCAUUAUGAAUAAACUAUUAAUAGACUUCUA